AUGAAUGGAGGAGAUCGCUCCCAAUGGAGGAGAUCGCUCCCAGAUUUACGGGUGCUUUUAACCCGCUGCGAUCGCGAGCUUGUAGCCCGGGCACCUACUCCGAAGAGUACUAGGAGGGGGUCGGAGGCUGGAGCCCCCAGUGAGAAAGAGACGGAUGCCCGCGUCGGUGCAAAGGAGGCGGAGGUCGAGCUUGAUGCGAGGAGCAUGACGGUUGGGCCCUCUGAGCCGACUAGAAGCGGCAAACAUAGUAAUGGGGACCAGGCCGUGGAAGAUAAGAGGAUCCCGGUAGAGGGUGACACAAAUAAGAGAACUCCAGGUCACCUAAGCGAUGGGGAGACAAUUAAAGAGGUGGCGGGUGUGUUUAUGAAGGAUGGUAUCCCCACCGGAAAGCACUGGUGCAAGCAGGGCAAAGAUGGCGGUACCUCUGGCUCCGAGAGCGAUCUUGGGGCUUGCAGCCAGGAAGGCACACCAUUGCGCAGCAAAUAUAUGAGGGUGACACCCAAACGGGGCAGGGGUAGGGGCCGGCCGCAAACCACAGGUUCGCCUGGCCAUUGCCAGGAGGACCUUACAGGGACUGCCAUUGAGUCGAAGGUCCAGGAUGCCCUAAAUGCUGUGAAGCAUGUGAUUGACACAUCGGGCCAUCUAAAAGGCACGCACCAAAAAAUUCUAAAGGACUCAAUCACGACUAUUAGGGGUGCCUUCGAGGAGCUGAGAACGCGAACUGCGACAGAGGAGGUUGCUCGCCUAGAAGCAGCCAACGCGCGGCUCACUUGCCAGCUAGCGGAGGUUCGUAGGCAGGUGCAAGAAAUUCGAAGCCAACCUGCUGCAUUAGCUGAGCCAGACAUUCGCCGGCUCGUAGAAGAGGUCUCGAGAUCCACUCACGAUCAGCUCAGCAAAAUGCUUAAUGCACGCAUGGACGGCAUUGAAUGCCGUCUGCUACCGGAGCCCAGGCUCCGACCUGCAUUAGCAGCCGAUAGGACACCAUCGGAGGAUCAAGGCCCCAGCACUACGACUUCCCAAUCCCUAUCAGUAACGGAAACGGUGAUACCUGCCUCUCCCAUUCCCGACGACGGAAAACAUAAGGCUAAAGCAAAAGCAAAGCCCAAAAAAGCCAGUCUAGCUGCCAAGGAGGCGGCCGCAGCCAGACAAACCCCUAAGGAGCCACCAACGACUACCGCGCCUAAGCCUGCGCGCGAAAAUUGGAAAAAUUCACAAGGCAGAAAUGCAAAUAAAAAGAAAGCAAAUAAAACAACGAAUGAGUCCAAAGAGGUCAGCGCUCCAAAGUCGAGUCUUCAACCGAAGAGAAAAAGGAAACUUAAUCCUCCGCGUACGGCUGCCAUUACACUAACGCUAAGACCGGAGGCAAUUGAAAAAGGGACCAAAUACGAAACUGUCCUGGCCGAGGCGAGGAAAAACAUUAAACUAGAGGAGCUGGGAAUCACUGCCUUACGAUUUCGAACAGCAGUCACUGGUGCGCGAAUGCUAGAGCUGCCUCCGGAAACCGAGAACGCCGAGGCAGCAGCGGACGAGCUCGCCGAAAAACUCCGCGGAGUUAUUGGUGCUGAAGUGCAAGUUCGACGGCCUAUGAAAUGUGCCGAGCUUCGAGUCACAGGACUUGAUGACUCCGCUACUGCCGAGGAAGUCGUGGCAUCUGUUGCACUGGAAGGGGGCUGUCUAGUGGAUGCCAUAAAAUCUGGUACAAUCUCACAAGGGCGAACCGGUUCAGGAUCACUAUGGCUCACCUGCCCAGUUGCAGCCGCUAAGAAAAUUCUAGAAUCCGGCCGGCUCAGAGUGGGUUGGGUCUCUGCGCGAGUGGUACUGCUAGAAACAAAGCCGUUGCGCUGCUAUAAGUGCCUGGAAACAGGCCACGUUGGGGCAAAGUGCGAUAGAGGUGUAGAUCGCAGCUCCCUGUGCUAUAACUGCGGUAUUGCAGGCCACAAAGCCCGAGAAUGCACCGCUGAAGCGAAGUGUGUUAUAUGCACGGCUACUAGUAAACCGGCAGGGCACCGUAUUGGUGCCAAAGGUUGUCAAAGUGGCAAGGCACGUCCUGCCACAAGGGAAGGAAAGAAGACAGGACCUGGCCCGGUAGCCGCCCCAUCUUCCCAGCAACUAGCUACAGAGGAAUCAAUGGACACCGAACAAUAA